UCACUGUGUAUGUCCAGCCACCAGUGCUUCAGCUAGUAUCUCCCAUGGCAUGAUCCUCGUCCUCGUUUGUUGCCGUGUUGACUUUUAGCAGUGGUGAAGCCGAGUCGAGCUGGUUAAAGUUUAGUUUUUAAGUGCAUCCAUCCUCAGUCCUACGAGGCGAGCGUGAGGAGCCGUAUUUUCAAGUUGUCGAACUGAUAGUUGCUUGAAAGACGCCACCGUGGUCCGACAACACAAAGUGUAUGUGCAGUGACUUUGUACUUGUAGGUACAGUACUACUAGGUGACGACGAAGAGUGGCGGAGCAGUCACUCUCUGCGAGUCUAGGUUCCUUGCUUCAUGCUAGUACUACCAUUGAGCUGGUGCAACUCAGUGCUGCGUGUUUGAGGAGUGUUCUUUGGCAAUGGAGUACGCGGGGGAAGUAGCUCACACAACCUACGACCAUCAGGUGUUUAGCGGUGGUCUAUCUCCGACAUCAUCCGCUUUGAUCACACCAUCCCCGGUCACAGCGUCUGACGUCACUGUUAAUGUUGUCAUUCAAGAUGAGGACCUCGCUCUGGAAAAGGACGAGGACGCAGCUGCCACCGCUGCUGCAGCGCGCUCCAAUCGCCGCAAGAAGGCUAACCCGCGCAAGCUAUCCAGCUUAACAUCCAAGAAAGCACCACCGGCAUCAUCAUCAUCAUCAUCGGCAGCGGCAGCAGCAGCAUUUCCGCCAUGUAUAUCCGUUACCGUGACUCCUCUACCGUAUCCGCUGCCAACGCCUCCGUUAGGUAGUACCACAUCGUCUGCGACCAGUGAUGGCUCUCUGCAGCUAAGUGAACCGCGGCUGGAGGAUAAUCUUGCCUUUGCUGCUGCUGCUGACAACAUGUACGGGGAGUAUGAAUCACCGCAUGAUGACGGAUUGGAGUAUGUGGUGACUGGUGAUGAUCUAAUCAUCAUGUCGUCCGACGUAGACACCGCCGAUGAAGACUACAACAACGAGGAAGACGAGGACUGGGAGAUGCCCGUAACCAAGAGGGCGCCGAGACGAAGAAAAAAGGCAGCCGCCAAAGCCUCGUCACAGCCGGCCAAGAAGCGAGCAAAGUCUGCGUCUUCAAAGGCGACGUCGUCGUCCACUGCUACCGGCGAUGAGUCUGCGGCACUGGCAGCCGGUUUGGAUGGUGAACAGCAGUCGUCGGCACAGGCAGCCGUGGAGAACGGCUUGGACAGCUCAGCCUCUGGCGCCGUUGUGAGCGGCCGCAAGCCCAAAGGUGGCAAGGCGGCGGCUGCAAAAGCAUCAGGCAAGAGUGCACGGCAGCCCGCAAAAGCCAGUGCUGCUGCCAGCUCACAAGCCGAGCCAACUGCAGAGGAUGCCAGUAGUGCAGCUGCGGAGCCAAGUAGCAGUGCAGCAGCAGCGAAUGGACCUAAGCGGAAAACUGACAAGGCAGUGGCUGCAGCCAGCAGCAGCAGUGGCGCACCACCAGCAAGGAUUGACCCUAGGAAGAUCGCAGGCAAAUACCAAUGCCCCUUGUGUUGGCGUUCAUUCCACUCUCCCGAGAAGCAGCAAAAGCACAUCAGCAUACACUACUCAGAGCCGAAGCAUGUGUGCUCCGUGUGCGAUAAAAAGUUCCGCCAGGUGGGCAAUCUCAAGAUGCACUUCAGAAUACACACGGAAGAGAAGCCCUAUUCCUGUGAGUUCUGCAGCAAAACGUUCCGCUUCCCCAGUGAACUGGCGUCCUGCCGGGACAAGCAUUUGGGUGUCAAACAUGAUGUGUGCGACGUUUGUGGCGAAGGCUUCAAGAACAGAGGUAUGUUGAACAAGCACAAGCGAAAGAAGCACGACAGCGAGACUGUGCGGGAUCGAUGCCGCGUUUGCAAGAAUUGGUACGCCAACAGCUUGAUCGUGAAGCAGCAUAUCUGCCGGCCGGAUAAGGUUCUGACCAGCCUGUCAUGCCUGAUUUGUGCAGAGGAUUUUGAGUCCGCCGCACUGCUAUCUCAACACGACUGCGUGGUGGACGUAAAGGGCAUAGACAUCGACUGAGUGGUGUCCGUCCGUCUUAGGGCUGUAUGGCCACCGUGUGGUGUCCGUCUUAGGGCUGUAUGGCCACCGUGUGGUGUCCGUCUUAGGGCUGUAUGGCCACCGUGUGGUGUCCGUCUUAGGGCUGUAUGGCCACCGUGUGGUGUCCGUCUUAGGGCUGUAUGGCCACCGUGUGGUGUCCGUCUUAGGGCUGUAUGGCCACCGUGUGGUGUGGUAUGGUGCACAUGACAUAACGCUGUGCGUCUGUGCUUGGCUCUCGUGUGCGAGAAUCAUCAGUUCCAAGUGUGUGUGUGUGUGUGUGUGUGUGUGUGUGUGUGUGUGUGUGUGUGUGUGUGUGCGCGUGUAUGUGCGAGUGUAUAUGUGUGUGUGUGUGUGUAUGUGUGUGUAGGGCGGCAGCUAUACCUUUGAAAGCCUGUCUGUCUCUCUGUGUCUGUCUACCUAGUAGACCUUACUGCAUAUCUGGCAGUGUAUUGCAAUACGCUGUUAUUCCGACUAUCACCACAUACAGUCCAGACAGCAAGCAAAUGUCUACCUAGUACUUCUGGGAAACCUCUGCUGUGUAGCAUUGUUCAUUCUCCUGCUCCGACCGCCUUCCCCUUUCCCUCCAUCUUCCUGAACGCUGGAAGAAACGGCCACUAGCAAGGGCUGAUAGGUGACAGGUAUGAAAACUGAAAAUAUUCCAUAUCCAUGAAAUCCGGUGUCUGAUUGCUUCGUAGCAAGCCUUUCCCCCUUUUUCCCCUCAGCUUACGCUUUUUUAUCUCGUUUUGUUGUAAGUGGUGUUCUAAGUCCUUGCCGUAAUCCCACCACUCAUAGCUGCACCUUAGGAUAGUGUUAGGCACCCCAUAGCCACUGUAUGCACUGUGGACACUGUAUACACUGUAGCCACUGCGUAGUACGGAGUCUAGUUUCCAAGUAGGCUGACACGGACCCCGACACUGAUACAGAUCACGCACAUACACACACACGCACACAUGCACACACGCACACACACACACACACACACACAUACACACACACACACACAGCCACCGUGGCUAUAGGUAAUACUCGAAGUAGUCACGCUGCUAACGCUGGUUCGCGCCGUGCAACAGUACCCUGCCGGUGUGCGCACAUCUCAUCUCCACUCCCUCUCUCUCUUUAUCUGUCUCCAUCCGAACGAACCGCUCACCUGCACGGAGUCAAAGCCUGUGCGGCUGUCCUGCUUGUAACUUAUCAUCUGUGUGCAAAGAUAUGAGAAGUCUAUUUUGUUUUAGUCCGAAUACUGGGGAUGCUGAAUGGGCUGUGUUCAACCAAGCUGUCAUAUGCACUGGAAAGGACCAGAGUGAUACAUCUCUGCCCAAGUCUGUUUUACUGUUGUACUGCAGUACAGUUUUGUUCUGUCCUAGUUCUUUUCUAUAAAUAAGAAAGCUAUCCAAGAAACUGCUGCAGGUAGCCAGGUUAUUUUUAUUGUUUUGACUGUGUUACCAAGCUGAUGUUCCUCUUUCUCAGUCAUCGCUGCUUUAUGUGUCAUCUUUUAAUGCUAGGUCCUCUGUUGUUUGAAAUGAUCCACGAAGAGUGUGUCAGUGUCUGUGUAGACACUAGUGUCAC